UGGUGGUACUGGUGGUGAUAAAGAAAAGAAAAAAAGAGGAGGAUCUAAACGAAGGAGAGAUAGUGUUGCAUCAGGAGGAUCUGGUGCAAGUGAUAAAAUUGCAUCAAAGAAAGGCCGUUCAUCUACAAGUAAUAAAAAAGGACCCAUGUUAUCAUCUAAACAGAAACUUAGAGUUGUAUCCAAAGCAACUAUAUCUACUAGUGAGGAUGAUAGUAGCGACGGUGAAGUAAAAAAACGAAUUUCUGGCCAUAGUUCGAAGAAUGCUAGAUCACGUUCAAGCUCAGAGUCUCGUUCUCGCUCACGUUCCGGUAGCCGUAAAUCCAGAAGUCCAUCAAGAUCUCGGUCUGGUUCACGUAGUAAAUCUCGAUCUCGAAGCCGUUCACAUUCUGGCAGUCGAUCACGUUCAGGAAGUCAUUCGCCUUCACGAAGUCAUUCGAGAUCGAAUAGCCGAUCUAGGUCUCGCUCAGCAUCUGGCAGCAAAUCACGUUCACAAUCUCGUAGUAAAUCAAGAUCACCAGCUCGAUCAAAAUCUGGUAGUCGUUCUGCUUCUAAUUCACCAGCUCAUUCAGGAAGUAGAUCUGCAUCCAAUUCGCACUCCAAAUCUGCCAGCAGAUCUCCUUCUAGAUCUAGGAGUAGAUCGGGUUCUAGAUCCGGCUCAGCUUCACCAGCUACGUAA